GACGCCUUCCAGCAGCAACAGCAGCAGCAGGGCCCGCACGCCCAGGCUGGGGGCUGGGGGGGGGGGGCAGAUCGGAACUCGGCGCCUGUGAGUAACCUGCUGGCAGGGGCCGGCCUGGGGCUCAGGUUCCCCAACGCAGGGCGCGGAAACCGCUAUGGCAGGGCCGCCCCCACGCCGCCUGAGAAGCUGGACCCUACCGGCCCUGAGAAUUCGGCCAUCAGCGUUCCUCCGCCUCCUAGGAAGCCUCCAAACUCUCUCUGCCCCCGACCGCAGGAAAUGAGUUUCUCUUCAACUGCUUCCAAGCAGGCCUCUGACCCUCACUACUCGCCUGAAAUUGGUGAUUAA